UAUGUAAUGCCCAUAAUAAUGUGUGCAAAUGGUUUUUCAGGCGACGCAGGAGUGUUGGACGACAAUUACGGAAGAUACAUUGGUAACAUUAAGGGCAUCGCUCAUGGUGUCCGCGGACACGUGUACGCAGUAGAUGAAAACACGCUAUUCGUCCGGGAUUUCUUCUACGAUGGUAUUGGCCCGACUGCUUAUUUUUGGGCUGGGAAAUCAUCAAGAAUUUCUCCGGACGGAUUUACCAUUCCAUAUCCUGAGGACUAUCCGGCAGUGGAACCGCCCCCGCUACAGACGCACAACAAUUCAAACAUCAUAUUGCGGUUACCGGGCGGAAAACGCAUCAAAGACAUCAAAUGGCUGUCGGUAUGGUGUAGGCGGUUUACGGUAAAUUUCGGCGAGGUGUUCAUACCAGCCACACUAGAUCCACCCAAACCACGGAUCUUACCAGAGUUCAAACGUUUAGCUCACAACUUGCGGUCGGGCAAUAUCAGUAUUCUGGACGCAAGGACAUUUUACAUACCAAAUUUACACUACGACGGCUUGGGGCCAGACGCAUAUUUUUUCGUCGGAAACGGUUCGGAGCCGUCUCCGUACGGCGUCAAAGUGCCGAACGAAGUCGGGAGCUUGGAACCGCUGAAGGGCUACCAGGGGGAAGACAUAGAAAUCCAAUUACCCAGAAGCCUGACGAUGCACUCGAUCGAUUGGCUGGCCGUCUGGUGCGUGCAGUACACGCACAAUUUCGGUCACGUCAACGUACCCGACGACUUGGACGUGCCGCCGGCGUUGGGGCAGACCAAGCUCACCCCAACAUGGUGGUACAAUCCAACGAGCAGCACUACUUCAGACCCCGAAGGGCGUUGGGAGAUGAGCAACUGUCGAGAACUAUUACCCGGUAAACUACAAGUGCACUGGGAAGUGCAAGGCGAUUGGGUUCAAGUGCAGUUGACCGGGAAGAUACGUGAAAACCAAUAUAUGGCGUUUGGUCUCAGUGGCAACCAAAAUAGCGUGACGAUGAUCGGUGGUGACGUGGUGGUAGUGUUUUACAAUCCGGCGAAAAACUCGUUCCACGCGGAGGACUAUUACCUGUCAGCUACCACCGAGUGCGACGACAAGAACGGCGUGUGCCAGGACGAGCGGCUUGGCGGCAGGAACGAUGCGGUUCUGGUGACCGGCACUCGGCGUAACGGUGUGACAUGCGUCGUGUACCGGCGACCGGUUCAGACCAACGAGGCCAUCAAUGACCAGCCAGUGCCCGUGGACGUGGCCGCACUGGUCAUAGCAGCCAUCGGACCACUGGGAAGUUCCGACCAGCCCGGCGCGCAUGCCAUCCAGGACAUGACCACAGACGAAAUACGAAUAAAUUUCAACUCCAGGGACGAUCACUCAUGUACAUUUUCCCUAUACAACCUGGACGAUGACUUGGAGCUGUCCGCGUGGCCGCCCAACAUCAUCAUCGGCGAGAAAGAGUUCAGAGCCAAGCUCGGGCCAUCAGGUGGCGCUCGUGGUUACACGGCUAUUACUGGUCAUUCUACCGGCGACGUCGUCUGGUACAUAAACGACAAACUUAUACCUGAGAUCUACGUGGAGAGGAGACAGACGUACACGUUCAUCGUCGAAGGAGGGAAUGACCCCAACAAAGGCGAACACUAUCAUCCGCUUUACAUCACGGACAGCAGCGAAGGAGGAUUCGGACAGAAAGACGACGCGGAACAGCGGAAACAGCGGGUUUUUGCCGGAAUCGUCUACGACUCAGACGGCUUACCUUUCCCCACGACAGCCGGUCGAUAUUGUGAAUUUAAAUUCAAGUCUUACGACCGUUCGUCAGAAAUGGAAACCUUCAACGCCUUUCUUGACUCUUUGAAAUUAUCGUGCGAAAAUGGCAAUGUUGGCUUACUAAACUGGACGGUCGCUGAAGAAACACCAGAUCUGGUCUACUAUCAGGUGAAAUUAUUAUUCAUAAUUUUUGGUUAGGGUACCUAAUGAUAUUUAGUUUCUAUUUACAUUAAAAAAUAUUUGAUGUGAAUCUGGAAAAAUGACACAAACCGUUUGGAAUUUUGAAUAGAUGAAUAAUAGUCUAUAUAGGUAAUACGAUGUAGGUACAGAUAUAAUAUCUACGAUAACUUAUUUUUU